AUGAACAAGAACAUCAUGAUCGACAAAGCAAAGUGGAAGGCCCAGAACGUACAGAAGAGGAUGGGGAAGACGCAGAAGAGGAGGAUCAAGGAAAAGCCUCAUCAGCGACACAACCGGUCGGAGAAGAAGGAGCUCGUCAGCACCAAGUUGCUGCGCAGCAUGCGCCAGGAGGAAUUCCCGCGGCCACGCCUCUUCCAUCUCCCUCCGUCGGCGUCCCCGCGGCUGGAGAUCCGACUGCACAGACCAGUGGGGGCGGCGCUGGCACAGGCGCCACGCACCCCGGUCUUGCCGGUGCACCGAAAGACAGUGCAGGGGAAGCAGCGGCGCAGGGCACCGCCAACAACACAAAUCGGAACACCGCCACUACGACUGACAGUAAGCAGGGGAGUGGAGUUGCUGGGGUUUCUCCCACGCCCGGCGAUUCUGCGCGCGUGA